AUGCCAGAUUACUUUCAACAUGGCUAAAACUGCUGUCAAGCAAAACUUUUUGGGCCAUUGUAGAAAGAGAUACUAUCGAAUCUGAACUCUAUAGUAAAAGAAACAUUUCAGUUACAGAUGCAUUAUCACAAACCCCACUUAAGACUAAAGGCUGA